CCGCGCCCGGGAUCCAUGUUUGCAGCCCCAGCCCGGGCGGAGGAAACUCCAUGUUGUAACAAAGUUUCCUCCGCGGCGCCGCUCCCGCGCCCGCCGCCCCGCGCCGCCGCCGGCCCCCGCCCCGCCUCCCCCCCCGGGGGCCGCGCCGGGGGGGGCCGCCCCCUCCCACCCCCCCUCCCCGGCGCCCAUGGAGCACCAGUCCAUCAUCGCCCAGGUUAGCAGGGAGGAGGGGAGCGCCCCGCUUCAGGAGAAAGGUACCCAGACCCCUGCCAAGAAGCCUCGGAGCCGCAGCAUUCUCCAGUCCCUCUUCUGCUGCCUGUGCCGCGAUGAAGGGGAGCCCUGCACCGGCACCACUGGCGCGCCGCUGCUGGUGGAGGAGAACGGGGCACUGCCCAAGGCUGCUGUCAAACACCUGCUGCCCGAGAUCAAGCCGCAGGACGCCAGCAAGCUCUGCGUGGUCAUCGACCUGGAUGAGACCCUGGUGCACAGCUCCUUCAAGCCAGUGAACAACGCUGACUUCAUCAUUCCCGUGGAAAUCGAUGGCAUCAUGCACCAGGUGUACGUGCUCAAGCGGCCGCACGUGGACGAGUUCCUGCAGCGCAUGGGAGAGCUCUUCGAGUGCGUGCUCUUCACUGCCAGCCUGGCCAAGUACGCAGACCCUGUGGCUGAUCUGCUGGAUAAAUGGGGGGCUUUCCGGGCACGACUUUUCCGGGAAUCCUGUGUUUUCCAUCGCGGCAACUACGUGAAGGACCUCAGCCGCCUGGGCCGUGACCUGCGCCGAAUCAUCAUCGUGGACAACUCGCCCGCAUCCUACAUCUUCCACCCCGAUAACGCCGUGCCGGUGGCCUCCUGGUUCGAUAACAUGGCAGACACAGAGCUGCUGGACCUGCUGCCCUUCUUCGAGAGGCUCAGCAAGGUGGAGGACGUGUACGCAGUGCUCAAGAAGCAGCGGACUAACAGCUAAUGGCCCCCCACCCUGCGGGUGCUGCGAAGGGGCACCCCCGGGGGAGCCAGGUGCCUUAUUUUGGGGGAGGGAGGGUCCCGGUGCGCCCCGCAUCGUCCUCCCCAGCCCCGGUGGGUGCGGGUGCCCUCCGUGCCUGCUGGUGGUGGGUGAUGUGGGUGCCCCUGCCAGGAAGCUGGGUGCUCCCCUUCCCAGAGAAGAGGGGCCAUGGGUGAUCCACUGCCUUGCUGUGCUGAGGACCUAUUGGGGGGGUCCCAUCCUCCUCCACUGUCCAGCUCCUGCCGCCUUCCCCCCCAACCUGUGUCCCCCCUCCACGAAACGGUUCUCAGGUCCUUUUCCCCUCUGUCCCCUGAUUGGGGACGGGGGUUGGGCUCAGCAGCUGCUGCUUUCCACUGCCUUUGGGAGGACUGCAUCCCUCCAUCCAGAGUCUGCCUGCUGGGAGGCUGGCAGCCCUUGGCCCCUGUCUGCCGAGGCUACAGGACAGGUAACACCUUGUCACCCUCUGAAAACGCAGGGAGUCUUACUGGCCUCGGUGCAUAGGGCUGCCACCCUGCCCUUAACUCUGCCCUGGGUGCAGCUGAUCACCUCGUGGGGGGCAUGUCCUUGCCUCUCUUCAUGCCUGCUGCCCCCACCUAGGGGUUGUGUUUUGCAGGGGCAGCCCAGCCUCAGGGCUGAGCCCCUGGGCACCAAUGCCUCCCACGUGCCUUGAGACACCGUGUCUCUGUUCCCCCUUAGCCCUGCAAAGGGUGUGCCUGGGGGGGGCUCUUUACUCGCCCCCUCCAACUUCGGUUUCUUCUCAUUUUGGGGGGGAGGUGGCCUCCCCACCUCGCCAGUUACACUGUGUCACUGGGAGCCACUCUGGUCACCAGCAGAAGGGUCCCCUCCCAUGGCGGGGGAGAACACCCCCCGCUCCAUAUCCAUCUGCAGCUUCACCAGAGGCUGCUAGUCCUGGGAGAGAGGGACCCCCACACCAGCCUUAAUGUGCCCCUCCCAGCCUUACCCCAGCCCCAGUCCCCCAGCCGGGAGGGGGUGGGGGACACCGCAGCCCCCCGUAGCCUCGGGUUACCCUGACCCCCGUGGGGUUGGACUUGUGCCAGGGUGUCCCCCAGCUUUGAGGGUCUGGGGGCUCUCAGGGAGGGUUUUUCUGGGGGGGGCUGAGCUCAGCCAGGCCUUUUUUAAUGUCACAAUACGGACAAUGCCUCAUAUCUUUUUAGAGGGAAAAGCAACGGUUUCCCAAAAAAUCAUGGGUGCCUUUUUAGCGCUGUGCCAGCGCGGGGAGCGGGGCAGUAUUUGGGGGGUGGGUGUGAAGGGUUUUAGCUUUCCGGUGCUGUUCAGCCGGCUCCUGCCGGCACUGCCCCGCUGGCGCUGCUGGGGGUCAGCAGGGGUCCCCCAGCCCCCCCCACGCCCUGCCCUGCGCCGGGGGCUGGUGCAGCACAGCUCCCUGGAUCCCUGCCAGCCCCGGGCCUCAUCCUGCCCUGCCGGGAGGGUUGAACUCAGCACUUUAUAUUCGACAAGUCAAAGGGCGCCAGCACAGCCGCUGCCCAGCGAGUGCUGCGGCACCCGAGGAGUACGGCCCUGCCCUGGGCACCCUUGGGAGCUCUGGGGGAUGCAGAGGCAGCAUGGGGGGCUGGGGAGGGCUGGGGUACCAGAUCCAAGUGCCUUCAUGUGAUUA